AUCAGAGUUGAGGACCAUUUAGCAGGCCACUCCCUGAGUCGUGGAGCCCAGUAGUCUCCACUUCUCCACUGUUUCAAUUGAGUGCCAACAGAGCUGGGCGGGAGACGCGUCCUGGUUCAUUCUACAAGGUGGAUAAAGCCUCCAGUUCUGACCAGGGAAGGGGUAUAAAGGAAUCAAAGCCUGCGUACUUUUUCAAAGUAACAUCUGGAACCUACAUUUAUUCACAAGAGUGGAUUGAAGGAGGGGAUUUCUUUGCACAAAAGGGGGCAUCAUGUCCAAGAUGGAGGUGAAGACGUCACUUCUCGACGGCAUGAUUGGGGUGGGGGACAUGGUCCUCCUCGAACCCCUGACUGAAGAGUCCUUCAUCAACAACCUGAAGAAACGCUUCGACCACAAUGAGAUCUAUACGUACAUUGGCAGUGUGGUGAUCUCCAUGAACCCCUAUAAGAACCUGCCCAUCUACACACCCGACAAGGUGGAGGAGUACCGCAACAGGAACUUCUAUGAGCUCAGCCCCCACAUUUACGCUCUGUCUGACGAGGCCUACCGAUCUCUGCGAGACCAGGACAAAGACCAGUGCAUCCUGAUCACGGGAGAGAGUGGAGCCGGCAAGACAGAGGCCAGUAAGCUGGUGAUGUCAUACGUGGCGGCCGUGUGCGGGAAGGGCCAGGAGGUCAACAAGGUCAAGGAGCAGCUGCUGCAGUCCAAUCCAGUGUUGGAGGCUUUCGGGAAUGCCAAGACCGUCCGGAAUGACAACUCCUCUCGAUUUGGCAAAUACAUGGACAUCGAGUUUGACUUCAAAGGGGACCCCAUUGGAGGCGUGAUCAGUAACUAUCUGCUGGAAAAGUCUCGAGUUGUGAAACAGCCACGAGGAGAGCGCAACUUUCACAUUUUCUACCAGCUGCUGUCUGGAGCAUCAGAAGACACUCUGAAAAAGCUGAAGCUGGACAGAGAUUUCAGCAAAUAUAACUAUCUCAGUCUCGACUCGGCCACAGUCAAUGGCCUGGAUGAUGCAGCAAACUUCAGAACAGUCAGAAAUGCCAUGCAGAUCGUGGGCUUCAUGGAGGAUGAGGUCCAGUCCGUGCUGGAGCUGGUUGCAGCGGUGCUGAAGCUGGGCAACAUCGAGUUCAAGCCCGAGUCGCGGACCAACGGCUUUGAUGAGAGCAGGGUGAAAGACAAGAACGACCUGAAGGAGAUGUGUGAGCUCCUGGGGAUUGACCAGUCUGUACUGGAGAGAGCGUUCAGCUUCCGCACCGUGGAGGCCAGGUCAGACAAGGUGGCCACCACCCUCAACGUCGCUCAGGCCUACUAUGCCCGCGAUGCCCUUGCCAAAAACCUAUACAGCCGGCUGUUUAGCUGGCUGGUGAACCGCAUUAAUGAAAGCAUUAAGGCACAAACAAAAACACGCAAGAAAGUCAUGGGUGUCUUGGACAUUUAUGGUUUUGAGAUCUUUGAGGACAACAGUUUUGAGCAGUUCAUCAUCAACUACUGCAAUGAAAAGCUACAGCAGAUCUUCAUCGAGCUGACGCUGCGCGAGGAACAGGAGGAGUAUAUACGAGAGGGCAUCGAGUGGACCAACAUUGAGUACUUCAACAACGCCAUCAUUUGUGACCUCAUAGAAAACAACCAGAAUGGUAUCCUGGCCAUGUUGGAUGAGGAGUGCCUACGUCCGGGCACCGUGACGGACGAGACCUUCCUGGACAAGCUCAACACCAUCUGCGCCGAGCACCUGCACUUUGAGAGUCGCCAGAGCAAGAACUCCAAGUUCCUGACGGACCACACUCUGCCACACAACUGCUUCCGCAUCCAGCACUAUGCCGGCAAGGUGCUGUACCGCGUGGAGGGCUUUGUGGACAAGAAUAACGACCUGCUGUACCGCGACCUCUCGCAGGCCAUGUACAAGGCCAACCACAGCAUCAUGAGGGCCCUCUUCCCCGACGGGAACCCGGCCAAGAUCAACCUGAAGAGGCCCCCCACCGCAGGCUUCCAGUUCAGAGCCUCCGUGGCCACCCUCAUGAAGAACCUGCAGACCAAAAACCCCAACUACAUCCGGUGCAUCAAGCCCAAUGACAAGAAGUCGGCCCACAUCUUCACGGACUCGCUGGUGUGCCACCAGGCGCGCUACCUGGGGCUCAUGGAGAACGUGCGCGUGAGGAGAGCCGGCUACGCUUUCCGCCAGCCCUACGAGCUGUGCCUACUGCGCUACAAGAUGAUGUGCAAGCAGACCUGGCCACACUGGAGUGGACCUGCCAGGGAGGGCGUGGAGGUGCUGCUGAGUAAUCUUGCGGUGUCCCCAGAGGAGUACUCCUAUGGACGCUCCAAGGUCUUCAUCAGGAACCCCAGAACACUGUUCUUCCUUGAGGAGAAGAGGAGGUCGUGCCUGGAGGACCUGGCUACGCUCAUCCAGAAGAUCUACCGAGGGUGGAAGUGCCGCACCCACUUCCUGCUGCUGAAGAAGAGUCAGGUGGUGGUGGCCGCCUGGUACCGGCGAUACGCGCAACAAAAGAAGUACCAGAAGAUUAAGAGCGCCACCUUAGUGAUGCAAUCCUUCAUCAGGGGAUGGAAGGCACGAAAAAUCCUGCGUGAGCUGAAGUACCAGAAGAGGUGUGAGGAGGCUGCGACGACCAUCGCUGCCUUCUGGCAUGGCACCCAGGCUCGGAACGAACUGCGGCGUCUUAAGGAGGAGGCCAGGAAUAAACGCGCUGUCACUGUCAUAUGGGCAGCCUGGUUGGGAACUAAGGCUCGGAUGGAGCUGCGACGCUUAAAGUACGAGAAACGGAGUAAGCAGGCCGUGUCCAUCAUUUGGGCGGGCUGGCAAGGCACUAAGGCACGCAGAGAGCUGAAGAGACUGAAGGAGGAGGCCAGGCGCAAACAUGCCGUCGCUGUCAUUUGGGGCUACUGGUUGGGACUUAAGGUUCGUCGGGAGUACAGGAAAUUCUUCCGGGCCCACGCUGGCAGAAAGAUCUACGAGUUCACCAUCCAGAGGAUUAUUCAGAAAUACUUCCUGGGGCUCAAGAAGACCAUGCCUUCCAUGUCCCCCGUUGACAAAACGUGGCCCGUCAGAAGCUACCAGUUCCUGGAUGGAACACACAAGGAGCUCAGAAGAAUCUUCCACCUGUGGAGGUGUAAGAAAUAUAGGAGCCAAUUCACACAGGAGAAAAAGGCCAUCUACGAGGAGAAACUUCAGGCCAGCGAGAUCUUCAAGGACAAGAAGGCCCUUUAUCCAAGCAGUGUGAGCCAACCAUUCAAAGGUGACUACCUGGAGAUCAACAAGAACCCCAAGUACCAGAAGCUCAACAGUAUGGUGGAGGAGAAGAUCCUCCUGGCCGACGUCGUCAAUAAGAUCAACAGAGCCAAUGGCAAGGGGGCACCCAGGCUUUUCUUGUUGACGAAGAACAACUUUGUCCUGGCGGACCAGAAGACGGGCCAGGUGAAGGCCAGUGUGCCGCUGCCUGAUCUCAGUAGCGUGUCCGUCAGCACACAGACCGAUGGCUUCUUCGCCCUCAAACUGAAAGAGGGCACUACCUCUGCUGCCAAGGGUGACUUCCUGCUCAGUAGCGAUCAUCUGAUCGAGAUCAUCACCAAACUCCAACGCACGGGAGCAGCAGCAGCGGGCCGAGACCACAUCAACGUCGACAUCUCAGACGAGUUCCUGGUGCAGUUCAAGCAGGAUAAGGUGUGUGUCAAAUUCAUCCAGAGCGGCCUGAAGAACGGCAGUAGCGCGGCCUGCAAGCGUAAAAACAACCGUCUCUUAGAAGUCUCUGUGCCAUCGCCCUAAAUAUAUGAACUCUUUUUUUUUCCAAGAAGGGGGUGCCAAGUUUUGGACAAUUUACCAUCCAAACCCCACAAAGCCCCACCCUGUAAUUGUGCAAUUAUAAUAUAUUUUUUGUGCUUAUAUAAUGUUGUAUCUCCCGCUCAGCGUGAUUGGCUCACUGUCAUGUUUCGUUGCAGUACCAAGAAUAGAGGAAAUUGCAUGCUUUUUUUGGAAUACAAUGAGCAUGUAGCUACAAAAAAAGAAGAAAAGAAAACAAAAAGAAAAGGAGGUCUUUGUUUUACCUGUUCUAUUUUAAUAAGGAAGUGGGCUCAACCAAAAAAAAAAAGGAAAGAAUGUGCUCCUUGCUUUGUUGCAAUCCCAUAUGAAAGUCUCUGUUUCGCAGCAAAGAUUAUGGUUGUGGUUAUGAAACAUGCACAUCAGAUGGCAUCAGCAGCAGCUUACAGUACACACCAGACGUGAUGGGGCCGGGUCCAGUCAGUCACGGCAGGCUGGACUCAUCCUAUCCGGCUAAGCUACAGCAAACCACGCAAGCUGCCGUCUGGCCAUCGGUUUGGUGGGCAAGACCUGGCUGCCUGGGUUGACGGACCAGGGCAGUGAGCACUGACACAAAGAUUACAAAUGGAACGCAAUUGCACUUGUUUAAAACUUUUGCAAGGCUCAGACACAUGGAGGAAUCCAGGUGUUUUUUGGGAAAAAAAUUUCUUGGUUGAAAGGUUGAUUUGGUGAUGCUAUUAGCCUACCUAUUAAGCAUAUUGAUAGCAUAUUGGUUCAUCAUUAAUUGAUUGAUUCACUAACAAAAUAGUGAUAUUUUGUGGGAUCCACGUUUUUUUUUUCCUUGUGUAAAUAGUCUUGUGUAAAUUCUCCUGUCGCCUCAGUGCCGAAUGUAAACGCCACCUGUCUAACAGCAGUGUCCAGUCGGCCUUUGUGAGUACCAAGAAGCCAAAGCCCAAAUGUUCCCCCUUGCACACACUAACUUACCAGCAGCUGACUACAAGUUUAGGCAAAUAAGGGUCUUUGACAGCACACUCAGCGUGUGAUCUAAAUGUUGUAGUUGUCGUUUUUUUUUUAGUUUUGUUUUUCUAUAACAAAGUCCCAUUGCACAUUGUUAGUACAAAACCCCAAUGCAUACACACAACACAAGUUUGUGUUUCCUUUUUUCCCCUGUGGAAGUACAGUAGUAGUUUUGCCCAUAUUUACAGUAUAUUAGACAGGUAGGGAAACAGCAGAAAUGAGAAGAAGGGAAGUCGAGGACCCCAGACCACUUCCCAUGUUCUCCUUGAUGCUUUAUCCAGAUGCAGCCCAAACAGUAGUUACAGCAAGCCUCUCUCUCUCUCUCUCUCUCUCUCUCUCUCUCUCUCUCUCUCUCUCUCUCUUUCUCUCUCUCUCUCUCUCUCUCUCUCUCUCUCUCUCUCUCUCUCUCUCUCUCUCUCUCUCUCUCUCUCUCUCUCUCUCUCUCUCUCUCUCUCUCUCUCUCUCUCUCUCUGCCAGGGUGCUUGUUUUCAGAAAGCCCCUUAUGGGAAAGGGAAAUAGCCUCAUUCUCGUCACACACAGUCCUCCUCUCACUAAGGCCCCCCCUCACUGGUCAGCCCCUACAGGAAAGAAAAACAUAAUGGACAAACAGUGUUGAGCGGAGAUUGUUUUAAAAGUGAUUUUCUCCCCAAUAUGGCUGUUUCUUGGGAUGCUAGUUGGAAGCGAUUACACCUUUUUAAAGCAAUAUCUUUUUCUCUGAGUCAUCAAAGCCAGCUGUAAAUACGCUGCCUAUAGAGCUUUGGUGUGAAUGAAGUGUAUCAAGAGUUAAUUCUAGAAUCCUAAAGUUGUAAUACUGCUGUGCUGCGAAACGGUGAAUCUGUACAUCUCUUGCCAUUGGAAUGUGAACCGCUUUAUUUUUAGCCAACCCAUUGAGGCUAAUAAUAAAAGCAGUGUUUUUUUUUUUCUUGGGGCAGAACCAAAGAUUUCCGAUGCAGCUAGUUAUACACAGACAAAUGCAGAGAUUGUUCAUGCAUAGUCAUCCUCCAUCACUACAUAUUCAUAUUUACUGUCUAUGUCUCCGCCUUUUUUGAAUCAAGGAUACUCACACGCAUACACAUUAUACAGUACGUCAUGUUCAACAAAACAAAACAAGUGCUUUAUGUUGAAGUACAUUUAAUACGGUAUUGGAUGUUUUCAAUGUCUUUUGUACUAUUGGUUUCAAAAUAUUUGUGACAUUGUGCUGAAUAUUGUGUUGCUCAGCCCUAAUCACAUUCUUGUGCGUCUGCUAAUGUUUCAACAUUUUAAAAGAAUUUGUAUGCUUUGCUAUUCCAGAGAGGGAAACAAAACAUUUUGAUCAAACGAUUAGUGAACAGUGGUUUCUCUAUUUUCUCAAAACACAACUGAGACUUUUGAGCUAGUAGGAAGCUAGUUCCCUUUUUUCACUCUGUACAGUUUUGAAACUUAAUGCAGUUUGCUACCGUUAAUCCUCUCUCCUCUGUCUUCGUAGUUUGGGGUAAAAGAGAGAAUUGAAAAAGAAAUGAUGUAUGCAUUCUUGUUUUGUGCCUAAUGUAACCUGUACUCAAGGAGAACAUCAACAUGUUUCAAUACCUACUAUGUGUAACAAAUUUCAUUUAAUCUUUUUUUAAAUUAAAGUAAUAAAUGAAA